GAAGAUCUGGGACUAGGAAAUGCUACAGUGAGCGAAAAAAAUACAUAAAGCUUUCGAAACUGAAGCCGAAAGAAGAGUGAGAAGUAGGCUGAGGCAAGGCUGGUUAGUAUCGCUGCUGACCCUGAUCUGUAGGUAGUUUUACAGGAAGGAACCAAGCUAUCCAGAGUGCGUACUGCUUAUUUUAGAGUAACCUAUUAAAAGCGUAACUAAUCCAAUGGAGCUGUCAGCUAUAGGAGAGCAAGUGUUUGCUGUAGAAUCCAUCAUAAAGAAAAGAGUGAGAAAGGGCAAUGUGGAGUAUUUACUAAAGUGGAAGGGAUGGCCCCCAAAGUAUAGCACUUGGGAACCUGCAGAGCAUAUCCUGGAUCCUCGGCUUGUUCUAGCUUAUGAGGAGAAAGAGCACCGGGACAGAGGGGUGGGCUGGCGAAAGAGGGGACCUAAACCAAAAAGGCUUCUUGUGAAGAGCAUAUAUCCCAUGGGGCUCCGCAGUGCACAUAAAGAUUUAGAGAAGUCUCCAGAACAUCUGCAUCUGUCUAUUACACAAUCCCUCGACCCACAGGCUGUACAGCAGAAGUUGCCCUCCAAAGGAGAUGUAUAUCAGCAACUCGUUCAGCAUGAGAGAAAGAAGCGAAACACUGAAGAAGCAUCAGAGGAGGACUGGGAGUGUAGGGAGGUGGAUGAAGAUGAAGAGGAGAGCAUUAGACACGAGGAUGCAGAGACUGAUAGAGCCACUCCAAACAGUAAUGUGGAGACAGAGAGUUGGAGUACAAUACCUGGGAAAAAAGAAGCAUCACUAUCAGUAGAGUGUGAGGAAUGGAUGCCGGUCUUGGGUUCAGAGGACAUAACUGUGACUGAUGUCACCCUCAAUUCACUGACCAUUACUUUCAGAGAGGCAUUUGCUGCUAAGGGCUUCUUCAGCAGUUGGGAACUGGAACUCUAAUUCUGAUACAAGAUAAAUAGUGUGUGUGUGUGCAAGUGUGUGUAAGGUAGAGAAUGAUAGAAGUGAUGAGUGAGACACUUCAUUAAAUGCACUACAUUUAGAUUUUUAACAUAAUUCUUUAUACUGCAUGACAUUUUUUAACAUUUUAAAGUAAAAUUCUGAGUAGUACAGAAAACCUAGAAAUAAUCCUCAUUCAUGCUGAUUUACCUCACUAUCAAUGUAAAUUCAACAAAAGCUAUAUUACAAAAUACAGUAAUAUAACAUCUGUUUCACUGUACAACUUAUAUAAAUAAUAAUACAACUAUACUUCUGCAAUAUUACUUAAAUAGAUAUACAGUAGACCCUUGACUUGUUAAUUUAAUUGGUUCCGAAGGGCUGUUCUUAAGUCAAAAUGUUCGUAAUGUUCAAACCACCCCCUUACCUAACCUGUCUAAUGUCUUAAAUGCUCUUUUUUGUUAUAAAUACAAGUAUAUUUUCCCUUAAAUCUUAAAUUAUAGACUAGAUAAUACUGUAAUAAACAAUAAUAAACAACAAUACACAGUAGUACUGUACAUAAAAAAAACACACAUUUCAGUACAGUACAUGUGCUGUACCAUACACCAUAAUACAUUUCCUUCUUUUUUUAUAAAAUGUAUCUACCAGAAACAACAACUCAUAUUUCUCUAUUAUUUCCCAUAUUUAAAUAGUGUUGUAUUUUGUAGGUGUAAUUGCACGAAAGAAAGAAUAGUUUACUGAGCUGAAUUCCUUCUUCUCUCUCACUCACUGUCCCCUCUGUCUGAUACACAGUGACAGCUACUGGCAGGAGUAAUUAUACAACAACAAAUGUAAUAGAUUUUUUUUUCAUUAUCUCAGCUCUGCGCUCUCUCUGCACCUUAUUUGGGGACAUUUUAAUAUUGAAAACACCGGAAAAACACUGUCCGCUGUCCGAAUGUUCACUCACUGUAUAUAUACAGAGAGACACUCGGAGUCAACUUGUUCGUGACGUCACGUGUUUCUCGAAUUUCGGUUCGUAAUCCAAAAUUUGUUCGUACAUUAAGUUGAAAAAGAUCGUUCGUAACCAGAAAUGUAAACCGUUGGUAAACCGUUCGUAAGUCAAGGGUCGACUGUACCAAAAUGGAUAUACAAAAAAUGCAGGCAUUUUUUUGUUAUAUUGUAAUUGAUAAACUUUAUUGUCUUAUUGCUAUUCGACUAUCAUUGGUAGAAAUGUAAGUUUUUUUUAUCUUAAUGGAUACUAAAGUGCAUUGUGUCCUCUAAGGUUACAACCCAAGUAUGCUGGGGGAUAAACAAAUAUUCAACCAC